AUGGAGGACAUCAGCCACAGCCUUGCAGCUAUAAAGCUGGACCCCACCAACGCCGAUGCUCCUGAUGAGCUAUCUCUGAUGGACCUACCAGUCGAGGUCCAGCUAAAGAUCAUUCGACAUUGUCUCAAUGACGUCCCUCGCAGAUCCAAGCCUGACAAUGGUAUUCUCGGCCGACACGUUCGUCGUGAUGAGCGAGUCCUCCUCGGCGGCUCCCUCCGCGACCUUACCCUUGUUAACCAACACUUCCGCCGGCUCACUGCUCCCAUUUUGUUCCAGAGCAUCUGCAUCAAUGACGCCAGCGAAGCCACACGAGAGGACAAGCUCAGGGACACACACGAGGCCCUUGUCGGCCUGCCCACCUACAACUGGCUGCAACACAUGGAAAAGUUCACCAUCUCUCUCGGUCGAACCCCCAACCCCCACAAGCCUUACGCCGGCCAGGAUUUUAUCGAGCUGCUCAGCUACAUGCAGUGGCCCACCACCAUGCGCUACGUGCUCGAGAAGCAAGAUCCCACCUACACUGUGCUCAAUGACGUCCGAUCCCUUCUUCUAAAGUGGCGCCGCUGGGGUAUGGACUUCCUGGUUUUCAAGGUCCGCCAGCUGGAGCUCUCCUGUCCCUGGGGUAGUCACUCCUGGGACUUCCAGUUCCUCACCUGGCCCUACCUCAACAUGGAGCGCCUCUGGCUCGACUACGAUACUCACGACCUGCGCCCUCAGAGCCUCGCCCUCGAGAAGCUGCGCAACCUCGAAUACGUCAUGCACCGUGCUCACCCCACGAGCUUCCUGAAGAGCGACAUCGAGGUAGAUGUGUUCAAGGGCCUCACAGCCCCCGACGGCCGCCGCCCACCCAAGCUGCGCCAGCUCUGCCACACCAUGCAGCAGGUCAAGCACUUUGCGCUGUGCGGCCUACUCAAGGGUCCCGUCACCGAGAUUGCCGCGCUUGUCCGCGACAUGCGCUCCCUGGAGCAGCUCGACAUCACCGAUCAGCAGGCCAUCAGCGAUGACGAGGUCCAUGCCAGCACCGAGCAGAUGCUUCACCCCAUAUCCGAGAUCGAUUGGGCCAUCAAGCACAGCCGCUGCAUCGAGAAGCACCCCAAGAACAUCGACCGCGCCGCGGCCGCCACCGUCUUCUUCAACACGCUCCCCAAACUGCAGCGCAUCUGCUUCGUCCGCGACCAGAUCGGCACAUUUUACCACGCCAUCCGCGAUGAAAAUACAGGCGCCCUGGACCGCGUCGAGAAGGGAGAGAUGAUCCAGGAGCGUCAUCGCUACCUGUGCUACCCCGAACACUCCUCCGUCUGGCGCUGUGGAUUCCCCAACCGUCUCAACUAUGAUCUGUGGGGCCGCACGCAGAACAGGUUCCGGUUCCCAACGGAGUACGCAUUCUGGCUGAACCCGGCAUACCUGGCUGGGGAUGAGAGCGCUGUCCCGCCCCACCUGCGGUUCGCCAUCGCGCUCAAGGAGGUCUUUGGCACCAUGCCUCCUGAGGAGGAGGAGAGAAUUGCGAGGCUGAAUGCCCAUUGGGCUCAGCGCGACCGUCAAGACGAGGAACGCAGGCGCAGCAGAAGGAGAGGCGCUUGA